CAAACCCUCCGGCAAGCUCAGCGUUACUAGCCACUGUACCUGCUCGACUAUACUUAGUCUCAGUAACUCAACUAUCUCGGAUCGCACUGCUAUCUCCUGUAAACCCACAGAAAUAAAAGGAAAAUACGUAUAAAUCUCUGAUCUUUCUUCGGAGGAAAUAAACUCCACGAGUUCUUUCAUUGCAGGUCAUUGAGAAAAAGGAUCAAGGAACCUUGAUUUUCGAAGGAUGCAUUCGGCAGCCUACUACGUUGGUGCUAUCAUCAUAUCUGCGGUGUUCAUUCAAGCGAGCGGUUUGGAUCCCAUCGUUGCGCUGUAUGGACAGAUGAUCGAAGUACCUUGCAGCAAUGGAGCAGUGAUGUUGGAGAACCCUCAGCUCGUAAAAUGGAAAUACGACGAGGACGACGGCAGCCCCGGCGCUAUUCUGACCAAAGGCAGGGACCCGGAGGACGUGAAAAUCCUAGCCACCAACAGCUACAAGGACCGAGCGAGCAUCGCGGCCAACGCUAGCCUGCUCAUUGCCGGCGCCACCCUGGAGGACGAGAAGGUGUUCACCUGCAUGGUGGUCACCUCCACGGACAUCAAGGAGUUUCCCGUUAGCGUGGAGGUCCACAAGAGACCAUUGCCACCACAGAUCAAAGACAAGGUUAAAGAACUAGAAAAUGACAAACUGACCACGCUUGGGGAGUGUAUCGCUCAAGAUGCUCACCCUCCAGCUGAAGUCGUAUGGUCCAAGAAUGGCCUGCCGUUGGUUGAUGAUGGGAAAACUAUCAUAAUCACGGUGGAGAAGACGAAGGACCCCGCCACCGGCCUCUCCAGCACCUCCUCCAAGCUGCAGUACGCCGCGGCCAAGGCCGACGUGGACUCGGAGUUCACUUGCACUGUGAAGCACGUACUGGGGGCCAACCAAACCUCCGAGCCCCUGACCUUCAGCAUUCACUACCCCACAGAGAGGGUGGAGCUUGAGGUGAUCAGCAAUGGACCCAUCAAGGAGGGCGACAACGUGACUCUGAAAUGCAGCGCCGAUGGAAACCCGCCCCCCACCCGCUUCAACUUCCUCCUGAAGGACCAGAAAGUGACCGUGGAUGAUUCGGACACGCACACCCUGCUCGCCGUCACGCGUGACACCACGGGCGAAUACAAGUGCUCGCUGGCCGACGACGACAACCUGCAAGACGCCAAGAACGUCACCGUGAACUUCCUGGACAUCAGUCUGGACCCCUCAGGGAACAUUGUGAGGACAGUCGGAGAGAGCUUGGCGGUGACAGUGCAGAUGAACAGCUCUGGAGACGUCAAGGUUUCUUGGACCAAGGACAAAGACAAGCUGGUCCAGCAGCCCAAGUUUGACAGCCUGAAGUACAGCGACGCCGGAGCCUACGUGUGCGAGUUCUCCACGGCAGGGAUUAAACAGAGCAGGUCCUUCCAGCUGGUGGUGCAAGGCCAGCCCACGAUCAUGAAGAUCAGCAAAGCCCGCAGCGAGGACGGCAAGCACAAGGUCCUGACGUGCGAGGCGGAAGGGUCCCCCGAGCCCAGCGUGCAGUGGAGCAUCAACGGCACCAACGAACAGAGCUCCUACGAGAACGGCAAGCUCACGCACAAGAUCACCGUGGUGCCCACGGGAAACCUCACCGUGUCCUGCAUGGUGUCCAACGAGCUGGGGGAGGACGUCAAGUACAUAGACGUGUCGUCUCUAUUUGAGGACGAGGAAAAGAACGGUAAAGGCAAGGCGGAGGAAGGAGACGACCAGGCCAAGCUAAUCGUGGGCAUCGUGAUCGGGCUGAUCCUGGCUGCUGCGGUCAUGGGUCUGGUCUACUGGGUGUACAUGAAAAAGUCCAGACAAGGCAGCUGGAAAACGGGAGAGAAGGAGUCUGGGACCUCAGAGGAGAGCAAGAAGCUGGAGGAGAACAAUCACAAGGCGGAGGUGUAGAGACGGACCCGCGGCACUCAAGGGAUUAGGAAGGGAAACAGUGAUGAGUGGCCUUUUCACACUGGACUUACAGUUUGGGAAGAAAAAAAAAAAAAGAAAACCAUCAAGAGGGCCAUUUCUUUGGACACGGACAUCAUCCAUCAGGCUUCUAAUGCACAGCACGUUUCGCAGUAACUUUCACCAAAAGCCCGAGAUGAGCAGAAAACCCUUAACCUCCUCUGCUGCCAUAUGAAAGCAAGGCCAACGGAAGCAUUGUGUUGUAUAUGGAUUCUGUCACCCUCCACUAAGUCAUUUUUCCCGCUCCCUCCUCUCUCUCUCUCUCUCUCUCUCUCUCUGUCUCUUCUUCUCUCGUACUCUCUCUCUCGUCUUCCUGGUGAAUGCUUGUUUCAUGCGCAGUGUUUGUUAAAGUGGGUUUCGGCUCUAUUUUUUUUUGUUUAAAUGAAAACAGUUAAGCUCACUGUACACUUUUUAGGCUUAUAUGAAUAUAUACUCCCCCCUGCUCGCGGCCAGGGACGCGGCUGCCACCCAGGACUUACUGCUGACUGAACGAUGGACGAUCUUUAUUCUGCGGGUGGACCGGUGCUGACGGGGCGUACCGGAUCCGAGAGGGGCCCACACCUGCUGGGACAGAGGACUUCACUGCUGUUUAAAUCCUCCAUUCCUCCACAUCUCACCUCAAGUCUUUAUAUCCAACAGUUCAGCCUUUUUGAAAAUUAUUUUGAUUUUUGGAUGCCCCCCCCCCCCCCCCCCUCAUACUCCACUCCAUAUUCCCAAUGUCUCUAUCACAUUAUAGUAGAGAAAAUUCCACACCCGUUCCCAAAAAAGUGUUAAAUCUUAAAUGUUGCUGUAGGAAAGCAUGCAUUAGGCCAUUUGCUUUCAGUGAACCGAAAGUUAAGAAUUGUAGGACCCCAGAGUGCUGUAGUAAGGAUUGUUAGGCUAAUGGCUUUCUGUUAAAUAAGGAUCGGAAGGGUGCUGUAAAGAAAGGCAGUAAACGUGGUUCCAUCCUUUUCCUCUGUCUGCUGUUUGUAAGGAGUCGUAUCCAGGUCUUGAGCAGGGCUGAGGUCCCUUCCAAUUCAGUCAAUUCAGGAAGUGAAUUAAAAUUUGGUUAACAAACUGGAAAAUGCCCAUAGAACCUUUUGCAAUUCAUUAAAUGAAGUUCAGUUUAUAUCCUGAACUGAAAUGGAGUGGACCCCAAGCCUGGUCUUGAGCCUUUAGUACACCACCGGCAUCAGAUUGCUCAUCAACCUUGAAAAUUUUUAUUUUUUUUGUUUUGUUGUUUCCUCUCCUUUUUAGAGCUGCAUUAUGUCUAUAAACUGCUCACCUUGUACAAUGCCUUCAUUCAUUUCCGUUAGUUUUCUCCCUGUGGUAUGCGUCAGAUUCUAGGCAGGUAGCUGUUCUGGUAGAAACAGUGCGGCUGUGCGCUCUGUAGUCUGAGGUGAUGCAUUGUAAAUACAUUGGAUCUGAAUGUCCCGUCUGAAUUUUUUGGCUGUAUUUAAACUGUGUGAGAAAUGUAAGGUUUGCAGAAGACGCUUCAGUAGACGGCUCGGUAGGUGUACUCAGUUCACACCUGCUUCUAUUGCCUUUAAAGUUUUAACACUUAAGCCGUUCUGUUCAAAGGUACUGUCCGAUGGAUAACGCUACUGGUGACACUUAAAAAAGCAGUGCUGUGUAGUGUGUGCAUUAAGCUUGUUUGCAGCUUGAUUGUUUUGGUUACACUUGUAAGUGCCUGUUUAUACUGUUAGGAACCAUUACAUCGUACUCUUAGGAAAUGUUACAAUUAUUUCAUUAAAAAAGUUAAUAGACAGAUUGGAGGAGCAAAGCAAAGUUUUCUCUACCUGGUUUGCCAUGUGUAUUACUUUAGGAAAGGAGUGGUUAUGCUUAAGUUAAAGACAUACUUUAUAUGAAUGUUAAAACCUGAAUUUCAUUCAAAAGAGCACGUGUACAUUUCUAAAACAAUGUAACGUUACUAUUUGGAAUCGGUAAAAAAAAAAAAAAAAAAAAAGUCUUAGUA